UCUCUCUGACUCUCCUGUCCAUGCCCAGAAAUACCUUCCUUGGAGGAGGUCAGCAACUUACGCCUGUGCGUUCAGCAAGUCUUGGAAAACGUGGAAUCUUCUCUAAAAGAGGGCAGAGGAACAUCAGAACGUUCGCCGCUCCUGGAGAAGAUGAUGAUGGAGGUUAAAUUGAUCCCUUGCUGCGUCUCAUUUAUCCUGAUAGCUGUGACCAUAAAGGCUCAAGUCAAUCCAGAGAUGUGUCGCUAUCCUCUGGGCAUGACUGGAGGGCAGAUCCAGGAUGAGCACAUCUCUGCUUCCAGCCAGUGGUCAGAGUCUACUGCUGCACGAUUUGGAAGACUCGACUCUGACACCGGCGACGGCGAUGGGGCCUGGUGUCCUGACAUCAUGUCAGAGCCAGACGGCUUCAAAGAGUACCUCCAGGUAGAUCUGCGUACGCUGCACUUCAUCACCCUUGUGGGCUCCCAGGGUCGCCAUGCAGACGGCAUGGGGAACGAGUUCGCUAAGAGAUACAGAAUAAAGUACAGCCGGGACGGCAGCAGCUGGGUGGUCUGGCGUGAUAGGAUGGGGAAUCAGUUUUCAGAUGGCUUGGUGUCUUACAGCAUUCCUGAUGGACACCAAAUGAUCUACAAACACCUGGAGGUCUCCUUUAAUGACUCUUUGUAUGAUGGAGCAACCGCUCAAAGACUAACCAAGGGCUUGGGCCAGCUGACAGAUGGCAGCUGGGGUUUGGAUGAUUUUCUGCACAGCCAUGUCCCCGGAGUGUGGCCUGGGUACGACUACGUGGGCUGGAGCAACAAGACUUUCCCUAAAGGUUACGUAGAGAUGAUCUUUGACUUUGACCACAUCCGCAACUUCACAUCCAUGAAGGUUCACUGCAGCAACAUGUUCAGCCGUGGAGUGAGGCAGUUCAGACAGGCUACCUGUUACUUCCGCUCCGAAACAGAAUGGGAGUCUGACCCCAUGACCUUUAGGCCCGCUGUCAAGCCUGUGGGCCAAAGCGCCCGAUUUCUCACUGUGCCCCUUGGGGACCGAACGGCUAGGAGCAUCAAAUGCCGUUUUCACUUCAGCGACCAGUGGAUGCUGUUCAGUGAGGUGGCCUUCCAAUCAGGCUCUGCAGUGUACAACACCUCACUGGGUCGUCAAAAGGGAGAGCAGUCCAAACAGGGACCUUUAGGGGAUGACCCCACUCACAAAGUGGACGACAGCAACACAAAGAUCCUUAUUGGCUGCCUGGUGGCUAUUAUAGCCAUCCUUUUCACCAUCAUAGUCAUCAUUCUGUGGAGGCAGGUCUGGCAGAAGAUGCUUGAGAAGGCUUCCCGUCGCUGGUUGGACGAUGAGCUAACAGCUCGCCUUGCUGUCCAGACCCAGGCCUUCUCCCUCCUUCACUCCUCUCUAUCCAGUGAGGAUGGUUCCACCGCCACCUACGAGAGAAUCUACCCUCCAUGCGCAGACUACCAGGAGCCGUCACGCCUCAUCCGCAAACUGCCUGAAUUUGCGGAGUGCUCAGAACACCUUGAGUCCGGGGCCUCUGGUAGAGCAGUUGUUGGUUCGGAUGGCGCUCCACACUAUGCAGAAGCAGAUAUCAUCAGUCUGCAGGAGUCCUCUGACAGCAGCUCCAUCAGAAGUGUCAAUAUGAACCUGUUUGCUGGAUCAGACGCAAUCCUGAGGGAGUUCCCUAGAGAGAAGCUAACCUUUAAGGAGAAACUGGGAGAGGGUCAGUUUGGGGAGGUGCACCUAUGUGAGGCAGAUGGUAUACAGGACUUUUUAGAUGAGGAUUUGACAGUGGAAAGUAACAGUGAAUUACCUCUGCUUGUUGCGGUGAAGAAGCUACGGGAAGAUGCAAAUAAAAACGCCAGGAACGACUUCCUGAAGGAGAUCCGAAUCAUGUCUCGUCUGAGGGACCCCAACAUUGUACGCCUGCUGGCUGUGUGUGUGGAUACGGACCCUCUGUGUAUGAUCACAGAGUAUAUGGAGAAUGGGGACUUAAACCAGUUCCUCUGUGGUCUCAGACUAAAGGCCCUGAAUGACGAUAGGGAAGACCAGGAGGAAGGGAACGGUGGAGUCAGCUACAUCAAACUAUUAGGCAUGGCGUUGCAGAUUGCAUCUGGUAUGAAGUACCUGUCUUCCCUCAACUUUGUACACCGGGACCUGGCAACUCGCAACUGCCUGGUAGGGAGAAACAACACCAUCAAGAUUGCAGAUUUCGGCAUGAGCAGGAACCUCUACAGAGGGGACUACUUCCGCAUUCAAGGCCGAGCCGUCCUGCCAAUUCGCUGGAUGUCGUGGGAGAGCAUCUUGUUGGGUAAGUUCACCAUGGCCAGUGAUGUUUGGGCCUUCGGGGUGACCUUGUGGGAAAUAUUGACGCUUUGCAAGGAGCAGCCUUACUCCCAUCUCUCUGACGAGCAAGUGAUCGAAAACACAGGCGAGUUCUUAAGGAACCAGGGCAAGCAGGUAUACCUACCAAAACCGCAGUGUUGUCCUGACAGACUCUACAAUGACCUCAUGCUGAGCUGCUGGAGGAGAAACGCUAAAGAAAGACCCAGCUUCCAGGAGAUACACACCCAGCUGAUGGAGGGAAUGGCAUAACAACUGAAAAGGGGAUCAAAAUAUGUUACAUAUAAACGUGCAUCCUUGUCCGACUAAAUUCAGCUCCUUCUGAAGGGUUAGCUACAACAUGGAGAUUUCAGUUUGGGGUUACAAAUGCUUUCAGUGAUCUGCUGUCAUACAUUACAUUAAACAUGAAGAUACAAAAAGAGGAGAUGCUUAAAAUAUAGAGGGUAACCAGAUCUAACACCGUAAAGAUAUAAUUUAUUCUCAGAACAUGAUUUGUGAAUUGAAACACUUGAUCAAAUAAAACUAUAAAAUAGGAUAUGUAAUGCUAUUGUUUACUUUAAACUGUAAAAAAUAUGUAAAGUUAAAAAAUUCUAAAUGUUUCUAAAUAUGUUUGUUUUUCUUUAAAAUAACAAAUUACAAUAAAACAAUAAGGUCUUCCUACCAGAGUUCCAGACUUAAUGCAUCUGAAAUAACUUCUUUCUAUAUCAACAAUUAAAAACAGAUGUCAUCUAAAACUGUUCAGAUUAACUUCCAUCAAAUCAUAUAAACACAUCGGUUAAAAGAUUUCUAUCAAAUAAUAUAUUAUUUUCAGACUGCAUCUAAAUGUACAUUUAUUUAUUAUUUACCUUUUUUUAUUCUAUUUAU